AUGUCAAACCCACUUUCGCCCCUCUCCACCUCCUACCAGAACGCGCGCGCGCAAUCGCAAAUGGCGAACUCUUCGCCCUUCCUCCACAAGACUCUGGACCAGCCCUCCGAAAACGCUGCGCCCUCAAGCCCUCUGAAGAGAGAAUGGACAAGUCACGCCAUGUCCUCCCCCAAUGCUUACGAUGAACACGAAAAUUACCCUAACGAACCUGACUACGAGAACGAUCACGAGAACCACGAUUACCAGAAUGACCACGAAAUCAAUGAAACAGAAUCAUACCAAGCGGGCGCUAGCUCACCAUUUCAAUACGAGGGACGCGAAGAUACCGUUGAUUACCAGAAGCUGCGCCAGAUGCGACAGACAUCUCAAUCAUAUCCACGACUAGAUCCAUUGGAAGAAGAGAGCGCCACAAGCUCCCCCUUUCGACCAAACGCCGCAGAAGACACAGUUGACUUCCAAAGGAUUCGGGAGGUAGACUCCAUGUCGCCUGGCUUGGAUAGGCGACUUGCUCUGGAAGAGCCUAUGAGCUCUCCAUUCCGUCCCAAUGCUGGUGAUGAGACGGCAAAUUUCCACAACUUGCAGGAGGGUCAGUCAUCGCCUCUGGCACGUCCGGAACUUCAUGCGCUAGAGGAGGAAAGUCCUCAAAUUUCCCCAUUCCGCCCGCAUGCUCGAGAAGAGACCGUGGAUUUCCAAAAUUUGCGAGAGGUGGAGCCUUUGUCGCCUGGUAUUGAGAAGCGGUUGGCGCUAGAUGAGCCGGCGAGUUCACCGUUCCGUCCUGACGCCCGGGAACCAACCAUUGGUUUUCAAAAUCUACGUGAAGUUGAGCCUCUGUCGCCUGGUAUUGAGAAGCGGUUGGCACUAGAUGAGCCGGCGAGCUCACCGUUCCGCCCUGACGCCCGGGAACCAACCGUAGGCUUCCAGAAUAUGCGUGAAGUGGAGCAUCUGUCACCUGGCAUCGAGAACAAAUUAGCGAUGGAUGAGCCGGCAAGUUCGCCGUUCCGUCCCCAUGCACGGGAGGAGACGGUCGAUUUCGACCAAUUGCCAGAGUUGCAGAAUCAAUCGCCUGGUUUUGAGGCUCAGCAAGAACCAGAGCCGAUGAGCUCGCCUUUCCGCUAUCGGGCUCGAGUCACGCAUUCUGAGUCCCCUGCACCAUCCGAGGCGCCAGAAGAUUCACCAAUGGCACAAAGAAACUCUUCUCCUGCUGUGGCUUUAGGCUCGCCAUCCCCUCCCAGGGACCAACAGGCAGAGGAGCCUUUGGAACAGCAGGACAUGCAACCGGAGCCAUUGGAGGCACCCCAAUACACCUCCCCUGCUCCUGCGCCUUCUGCCUUCCAAACAAGCCGUAAUUCACAAAACUUUGGAUCGCCUAAGCUAGUUGAAAAUCAUUCAACGCCACCAAGAGAGUCUCGCAACUCUUCCCCUACUCCCGCGCCGGUGGCUAUUACAGCCGCCGAGCCGAACCCCAAGGAACAUACGCUCAAUCUUCACAAGCCUCGUCGGAUUUCCCGGAUAUCGCUUGGUCUGAGUGGUCAACGUCCAACUGCAGCAACCCCUCGCAAAAGAUCCUACGAUCAAACGCCUCAGGAGCAGGAGGAAAGUCUGCAGAUUCGCGCCUCUUACAAAAAGGGCAUGACGAGCCGACCAGAGCCACCGACUAUCCACGUUGACGCUGGUAAUUCUAGCGUGGUUCAAGAUCACAGCUUCCUUUCAACAGGCGCUGCGCAGGAGCGCUCAGCGAUCGGCAACAGCCUGAUGGAAGAUAGACACAAUGAAGGCAUGAGCACGGUAAUGCCAGAAGAUGGUGAAAAAGAAAGCCACGCCCACGCGCAACAGUCAAAUGAAACUUCAAUGGUUGAUGAUUCAAUGGACGACACUUGCUUGAGUACCUUCUCCGCCGUACCGGACAUGACUACAUUUGCAAAGCUUCGAUCUCAGUCCCCGAUGAAGUCAAUGCGAAGCUCUGUCGGUGGGUAUCGUCGUAGCCUCGACGCCGCUGCUCCGGGAACAGACCGCAGGGCUUACAGGGCAAGCACGCAUCUUGAGGCAACCUCGCCUACAGGAUCGCCUACCCCAAGACCCAGAGGUCCUCGGGACAUGAUGAACCCAAUGGAGUCUGGAAAUUUGCUGGACUUCUCUGAAUCCAUGAACUUCCACCCCCGCCAAUCCAUGCAGAGUAAUCGUCUCUCUCCGCGGCGCUCGCCUAUGCGGCCUCCCAGGCAAUCGAUGCGAUCACCUGGGAAAAUGUCCUCGCUUCUGGACUUUGAUAUCCCGCCUGCCCCAACUCCUCGAUCUAUUCCUACGGUGACUCCCCGGGAGUUAGAAUCACUCAAGUCUGGCUUCAUGUCGGAGAUUUCCUCGCUAAGGGCCACCCUCAGCGGGAAAGAUGCCGAAGUUGCCAGCUUGAAGCAGGCGGUGAUUGACUCCGAGAGACGUGUUGGUGAAGCUCUGGAAGACUUGCGCAACGAAGCGGCUCUGAAAGAGGAGCUGGAGAUCGAGCAAGCUGAAUGGGGCCGUCGGGGUAAAGAAAUGGAGACUGUCUUACUCUCUGUCCAGUCUCAAUUGACGGAUGGGGAGCGGGAGCGGGAAAAUCUCUCCCACAGGGCCGAGGAAGCCGAAAAGAGCAAGGAAAAGCUGGAACAAAGAAUUGCCGAGCUCGAGACCCGGCUCUCUGCUGCCCGCGCUUCGGCAUCUUCUGCUAGUAGUGCCAAUGCUUCUCGCUCUGCUUCCAACUCGGCGGAGGAUACUGCACGAGAAGUCCAGGAUGCCGUUGAAAAGGUGGCUCGCGAACUGCACACACUAUACAAAGGAAAGCACGAGACUAAGGUCGCCGCUUUGAAGAAGAGUUACGAGUCUCGGUGGGAAAAGCGUCUCCGGGAGUCAGAGAAGAAGCUUACUGCCGCUCGCGAGGAGAACGAGCAUCUCCGCUACGAGCGUGAUGCUGCCCAGUCCGGCUCACAUGCGUCUGGCCAUAACAGUCCCUCCGCGCGUGAGAACGAGGAGCAUGAAGCCGAGAGGCGUGCCAUGGAAGCUCAUAUCCAGGACCUGCAGAGAGAUAUGGCUUUGCUCAAGCAGGAUACCGAGCAGAUGCGCUCAGAUCUCGAACUUGAACGCGUAGAAAAGGGCGAGCUUGUUGCUGCGGUUGAUGAAUGGUUGGCCAUGCAGCAGACUCAGCCUGCACCCCAGCGGGAGCGUGGAGGGUCUACUGCUUCUUCUCAAGGUCCCGUCGAGGAGGCCCGUCUGUCUCGUGAAACGACCCCUGAUGACUUCCGUCGCAGUAUUCCUCGUUCUGGCUCGGGAAAUAUUCGUCCUCUUGCUACUGCCGAGAAGAGAAUUCCUCGGUUUGGUGCCCCUGCACACUCGCGUGGUAAUAGUGGUGGCAAGUCUGGCAUUGCGAUGCCGACUCCUAAUCGAGGUAUCAUGGGCUCGAUUGAGAGGAUGGGUCGUGGUGGUGCUUAG